AGAGUUGGAUCAAACAGAUUCGGUUCCACUCGUUCGUUUCACCAGAAUAUGCGCUAGCAAUUUCCGGCGCGGGACACGCGAAGUGGCCUUUGCGGGCGCAUCGUCAUGAAACCCGUAGAAGAUGCGUGGGAUGAAUUUGAUGACAUGGAUUAUUAUGACGAUGUUGAGAGAUUGCCUUGCACUCUAAAGUAUUUGGUGGUGUGUAUUUCUUUGCCCUUACUGAAUGGCUUCAUCAAUGGGUUUGCCGGGUCUGCACAAGCACUCUACUUCAGAGAUAUGAACUGGCCUUUGUGGCACCUUGGCAUUUCUCUUGCGGUGGGCUUUUGCUUGCGCCUCUUCUCACAAUACAUUCAAGUGCAGCUUGGGAUAUGGACAGCUUUGCCUAUGUCAAUGUUGCACUUGAUCGGUGCAGUCUUGGCCAUUGGCUUUACCACCGAGGAAUGGGCGAUCUGUGUGGAGAUCGUGUGCCUUUGCGGUUUCGACUCCUCAUCUGCGAUCGAGGGGAUCGCGUUUGACGCCUUUUCCGAGUCGGAUGACUUCGCACGUCAAGCCACAAGCACAGCACUGGCGAUCUUUACCGUGUCCAUUGCACUGGCUUGCACUCUUGGUGGAAUCAUCUAUGAUUCCUCUGGCUGGGUGGGGAUGAGCAUUUUUCAUGGCAGUGGGCAAGGGUUGCUGCUCUUGAUUUUGCUCAUCUACCCUACUUGCCGCCAAUCAUUUAGAGACUUCUUCUAUCUCUGUCCAAUGGAGAAGGACGUGGAAGAUCCGCAAGAACGACUAAAUCCUGUGGUGCCAGUGCCAGUGGAGGUUGCAGAUGUGGAUGAUGAGAAGAAGGAGGGCAUUCAAGAGCAUUCCGAGAAGGGCCUUCGCGGUGGAUCCAUUCACUCCUUUGCGGAGGAUGCGGAGCCUGAACCGGAGAGUUCAACCAUCAACAUGCCGGAGACCAAAGAGCCAGAAGCAGCCGAAUCUGAGCAGACUCACCAGCCUCAGGCGCGCGAAUCCGGCGGUGUCCGCUGGCAGCUGGAAGAUGUGGAUGAGGACACCAAGGUAGCCGCGAUCCACGAGGAAGAGGC